GUUAUCAUGCCGAGCUCUCACUCGGGACAGAAAGCGCGUGCAGGCGCCGCAUCUUUUACAUCGACCACCUGUUGACUGGAGUGUAAACUUAUCGAAACACACUAGACUGAACUCGGAUCUCGUACAGAUGUGCAGUGGAGCUCCAUCUGCACACAGAACUGUGAGAAAGUUUUACAGAAGUUUGUUAAACGAGUGGUGCGCUUAAAAGAAGAAGCGCGAGCAACUUUUAGUAAGUGAGUGUAGUAAGUGACAUCGAGGACAUGCACGUCAUUUACAGUUUAAUGCGCAAUGCUUUUUGGUGAGGUUCAUUAAUUGGAAAGCCAAAUGUCAUCCGUGCACGUUCACCCGAACUGCAUUGUAUGUGAUUUACGCGUGAGAUGGUCCGUUAUAACCUCCCAGGUUGGGGAGAAAUAACUUAAAAACACUGUGACACGCGUUUUCGCCUCAGGAUGAAAGUAGUGAGCGUGCUUUUUGCGCUGGCCGCUUUUUGGAGGCUAAGUAUGACGAGCAGGAGACACUGUCCCGACCUUACCGUGGAGAGCUGUGAGUGCGCAGCAGAGCGCUCUGGGGCGCUGAACCGACGCAGCGCGCGCGUCACGGUGACAUGUGAUGAAGCAGAUCUGACGGAUACGCUGGAGCCUCGCGCGCUGCUCACCACCACCACGUCACUGAUUCUCAGCAAUAACAAAAUCUCAACGGUGAAAAACGCCUCUUUCUUCAGCUUACACUCUCUGGAGAGACUAGACCUGAGGAGUAAUUUGAUUAGCACAGUGGAGCCUGGAGCAUUUCGUGGAUUGGCUAUGCUGAAGAGGCUGGAUCUAUCCAACAACCGCAUUGGCUGCCUUUCCGCCGAGAUAUUUCUUGACCUUGGCAAUCUCUUGAAGCUAAAUCUAUCUGGAAACAUCUUUUCCACACUGCCUGAAGGGCUGUUCAUGCACUUGAGUUCACUGAGAGUCCUACACUUCAGUACAGAUUACUUGUAUUGUGACUGCCAGUUGGAGUGGUUGCUGCUGUGGGCCAGAGCCAGAUUUGUACGUGUGGGAAACGAGACAGUGUGUGUGUAUCCUUCACACCUCCAUGGCUUUCCAGUCCGUGGCCUCCAAGAACACCAGCUCACCUGCGACCCUCCUUUGGAGCUUCCACUGCUUCAGCUGAUUCCGUUUCAGAGGCAGCUAGUGUUCCACGGUGACCGACUCCCACUGCAGUGCACUGCCUCCUACCUGGACCCCUCUGUCACUCUGAACUGGAGCCAUAACCACUGGCCUGUACACACACAUGGAGAGAGAGGAGUGUAUGUUGAGGAAAGCAUAAUCCAUGACUGUUGCCUCAUAACCAGUGAACUAAUCCUCUCCAACGUGGAUGCUGAUGUUUCCGGUAAUUGGCAGUGCCACGUGACCAGUUCCCGUGGCAACAGCUCCAUUGGCAUGGAGAUUGUGGUUUUGGAGACGUCUGCACUGUACUGCUCUGCAGAGAGGGUGAGCGGCAACAAAGGUGACUUCAGGUGGCCUAAAACCCAGGCUGGUUUAAUGGCCUUUCUCCCAUGUGCCACAGCCUCCUACAGCUCUCAUGAGAAGAGGGCAUGGCGCAGAUGUGAUAAGCAUGGUCGAUGGGCAGAAGACGACUACAAUCAGUGCCCUUACUCCAGCAAGUUUACCCGCAUGCUGCAUGAACUUACACAGAUCACAGUAAACACCUCCAACGCACUUCUCCUGGCCCAACAGCUCUCCUCCAUCACCAGCAAUGCAGCAAUGUUUGUAGACAUGAUGGACGUCAUCUUUGUCACACAUCUUGUUGAGAGAAUCACACGACAUGUGGAUCGUCUCCAACAACUAGGGGACUACGUGUCUGACAUUGCAAGCAACAUGAUGCAGGUAGAGGAGCACAUCCUGUGGAUGGCACAGAACGAAGCUCGAGCCUGCACACGUAUUGUACAGUGUGUUGAGCGCAUUGCAGACCUCACCUUCAACACACAUAGCCAGAACAUCUCAAAGGUCUCUGCUAACAUAGCUAUGGAAGCCUUCGUGAUUAGGCCUUCAAGUCUAAUGGGUUUGUUGUGUACGGUGGUAGCUAAUCCAGAUCUGAAUACUGGUCCUGGGGUUUCUGGGGUUUCUCUCCUCAACUUCAGAUGCCAUGCAACUAAUGUCACAGGAUCACUCACCGACCAGCUCAGUCAGAACGCAGUGGCUGUCGCCUCCAUUCAUUUACCGCUGGCUGGCUCUGUGCGCGCCUCCGCCUUGCGAUCUGUUGAUAACUCGACCUGCAGGCUGCAGCUGGUUGUAUUUCGCAAUGGAAAACUCUUUCCGUGCACAGGGAACUCGUCGAGCUUGGCAGACGACGGCAAGCGAAGGAGCGUGGCGACUCCGGUCGCUUUCGUCAAAUUAGAUGGAUGCAGUCUCGAUAGCUUCAUUCAGCCUGUCAUUAUCACCCUGAGGCACUUGGCUCUAGGUGCAGAUCCCACCGCAGCCUACUGGGAUUUCGACCUGCUGGAUGGCCACGGAGGCUGGCGGGCAGAGGGCUGCCACAUAACGGGCUCGGCGGGCAACACCACCACUGUACACUGUACACAGCAUAAAAACUUCGCUGUGCUCAUGGAUCUGAAGAAGGUGCUGUCGUUCCCUCCAUACCCGGGGGACUUCCUGCACCCGGUCGUGUAUGCUUGCACCGCUGUCAUGCUGCUCUGCCUUUUUGCUUCCAUCAUCACUUACAUAGUGCACCACAGUACAAUCCGGAUCAGCAGGAAGGGAUGGCACAUGCUCCUGAACUUCUGUUUCCACACAGCUCUGACGUUCGCUGUGUUCGCCGGAGGCAUCAACCGCAUCAAAUACCCAAUUUUCUGCCAAGCGGUUGGAGUAAUACUUCAUUACUCGUCUCUGUCCACUAUGCUGUGGCUGGGCUUCACAGCUCGGAACAUCUACAAACAGGUUAUCAAGAAACCCCCCAAGCCUCAGGACGGAGACAUGCCUCCUCACCCCCCCAGGUCGCCCAUGCUGAGGUUUUAUUUAAUCGGCGGUGGAAUUCCCUUCAUUAUCUGUGGCAUCACAGCUGCUAUCAACCUAGAAAAUUAUGGCAGCGGAGAGCAAACUCCAUACUGCUGGAUGGCAUGGGAGCCUAGUCUCGGGGCUUUCUAUGGACCUGUGGCAUUCAUCGUUUUGGUGACAUGUGUCUACUUCCUGUGCACCUUCAUCCAGCUGCGUAAACACCCAGAGAGGAAAUACGAGCUAAAGGUGCUGUCUGAGGAGCAGCAGAGACUGUCUGCUGCUGAUGUGCCCCACUGUCACCAUCAAGGUGAACCUGGAAUGCCAGGAGGUGAUGGGACCCGCUGCCAUGCCGGCUGCCCGGGCUUGAUCAACCCAUCUUUACUCGCCAAUGAGCACUCAUUCAAGGCUCAGCUAAGGAGUGCUGCAUUCACACUGUUUUUGUUCUUAGCUACAUGGACAUUUGGGGCUCUGGCUGUGUCUCAGGCUCAUUUCCUGGACAUGAUAUUCAGUUGUCUGUAUGGAGCGUUCUCAGUCACUCUGGGUCUUUUUGUGCUGAUUCACCACUGCGCUAAGCGUGACGAUGUCUGGCAUUGCUGGUGCACCUGUUGCCCUGGUCACCAAGCUAAUACCUGCCAAGGGCAUGGGCAUGCCCAUGGGCGCCCUAAGGUCAAUGUUAAUGGGGAUGUACACAGGCAUGGGCACGGGCAUGAUCACUGCCACCUGGACUCGCCCUGCACAGGCAAAUCUGUCCUCAGUCACACACACUCACAUGGCCUGUGUAAGCUCAGCAACCUGCAAGCACAGAACCAUGUAACCUGCCUCACCCCUGUGAGCCCAGUGACCCCUUGUUGCUCAGCUCUCCACACAGAGAAGCUGCUGGAAGAGCGACCCAUUCACUUGCACAGCUGCCUAAAACCAGGCAGGACUAAAGGAAGGCAGCGGGCAUCACCAGUUGGAGAGAGAGAGCUGGCUUUCCAUCUUCCAGCCAGUGCAGAUGCAGGCAGCGGACAAAGCUCGCCCACUGACAGCCCACAGAGCACCUGCCAACGCCAGGGUCACAUCUGCCACCUGGCCCAAGAUGAGCACCAGGAGUGGCACCAUGCAUGCUCUCACCAUGACACUCCAAUGUGCCAUGCUGCACUUUGCCAUCGGCACUCAUGCUGUACCAAGGCAGAGAUUCUGCCUUCGCCCUUGUGCCACACUGAGAGCCGGGAGCCGGAAACCCUCCUUUGUGGCUGUGGGAAGAUGGCAGAUGAUGAGCUUGUAGUGCCGUGUCACGGCCAUGUUGAGAUACACCCUCGCAGACAGUCCUUCCCACAGUGUGUACCCAACCAGAACGGGCUUCUCAAAGGAAGUGGACACGAGGGGCACCUGUACCCAUCUGACAGCACGGGGAAUAUACGCACUGGACCCUGGAAGAAUGAAACUACUGUGUAGUUCAAGGGCUCGACGUGCAUUCUGUGUUAACCACCUUCUCUACAAUUUAAAAACAAAGCAGACAUUAUAAAGUUUCAUAUCUGUUUUGGUUUAAUAUUAUCACAAUCCUUCAUUUCAGCUUUGUUUUCAUUUAUUGUUUAUCCGACAAACCAUCAAUCCAGAAUGGAUACACAAACCUGACAAAAGGAAACAUUGUUAGACACUUGCUGCCAGAUUGGAGUCAUGCUCUAUAUUCCGGAUUUUAACUUUUACCACAAAGCUAAUUUUAUCACUACAGGAUAACAAACAUUCUCCGAGUGUGACUUUGUGUGACUGGGUUUUGCGUAUGUGCGAGUGCACUUGAAUGUACUUUGUGUAUGUCCUUCUGCAAAUGCAAUCAAUUUAGUGUUUUGUGAAAAGAUUUCUUUCAUAAGAUACCAGAUUAUAAUCUAAUGAGAUCUAAGUUAUUAAAUAAAAUGUUAUUGACAGUGCCCAAACUGUGCAACACAAGUGAAGUGACAAGCACGUAGAAUAAGAGCCAAGUGUCCAAGUACAACAUGAAUACAUCACCAGCAAUUUUAACUCAUCUGUGUUUUCAUGUCACUUUAACAAUCAUGCUUACUGUAUACUGUGAACAACUGCUGAAACUUAGUACAAUACAAAACAGACAAAAAAUAGACCUAGUUCUUUCUCAGUUCUUUUCGGCCUCUAUAUCGUGCAAACUAACAAAAAAAAAUGAGACAGUCUGCUUUACUGCAAAUCUGUAUUGAUUAUUCAAUUUCCAUGGUGAAGUUCCGAUCCGUUGAGGUGUUUGUACAAGAAACCUGUCGUGUUACUCUCUGGUGCUAGAAAAUCAACUAACACAAUUACAUAUCCAUGAUCCAAUGAUCAGUUGGAGCAACCAAACUAACCACUGCUGAGAAAUAAAACAAGAAGUCACUUAUGUACGAUCGCCAUCAUUUUAUUAGGAACACCUAUAGACACAUUAUGCAGUUAUCCAGAUCCGUUAUCGGUCAUAUGGCAACAAAGUGAUAAAUUCAUGUGGAUACAAAGCAGGAGCAGAUAAAGUUGACAUCAAACAAGAAUCUCUGUGACUUUGACUAUGGGUUGGUUGGUUGUGCCAAACUAAUUUAAGUAUUUUGGAAACUGCUAAUUUCCUGGGCUUUUCAUGUAAAUCUGGCAUGUCAGUUUACACUGAAUUAGAAUAAAAACAUUCAUUUGACAGUAGUUCUGCAGGUAGAAAUGUUCUGUUGAUGAGCGAUUUCAAAGGACAAUGGCCAGUCUCAAACAGACAGGAAGGCUGCAGUAACUCAAAUAGUUGUCUUUAGCAGGAAAGCCUCUCAGAAUCGGGUCUUUUUUCAAAUCUGUGGCCUCGGCUUCUUCUUUUUAGCUGACAGAGGUAGAAGUUGAUGUGGGCUCUCUCCACCUAGGUUUAUCAUGUUGUGUGUUCUGGGAUGUUUUUCUUCUCAUCACAGGUGUACAGAGUGGUUUACAGAGUUACUGUAUCUUUCAAGUCAUGUCACCAAUCUGGCCAUUCUCCUCUGAGCUGGCUCAUCAAAAUGGAGUCUUUGUAGAACAUCCACUCACUGAAUGUUGGUUUUUUGUUUGCUUAUUUGUUUCUUUAAACCAUUCUGUGAGCAUUUAUGGCAUUUGGCAGACUCUUUUAUUUAGAUUUCUGAGCAGUUGCAGGUUAAAGGCUGUUCCCAAGGGUCCAGCAGUGGUGGCUGAUUGGGAUUUGAACACAUACCCUUUGGAGCAGUAGUCCAACAUCUUAACUGCUGACCUAACAUUUCCACUUUAUAAUGUCUAGAGACUAAAUAGGUUUUGGAAAUACUCAAAAUUAGCUACAGUCACAACCAUGCUGUGGUCACAGUCACAUCACUGUGAUUAUAUUUUCCCCUCACCCUGAUGUUUGCUUUUAACAUUAUCUGAAGCUUUUGACCUGUAUCUGCAUGAGUUUAUGUACUGUGCUGCCACAUGAUUCACCGAUCGGACAAUGUAUGAAUAAGCAUGUAUACAGGUGUUCCUAAUAUAACAGAUUAGUCAGCGAGUGUAUAUACAGCAAGCCGUUAAUUAAAGUUUGGAUUAAAGAACACUGAUUAUCUUCCAACUCAGUUUUUGAAAAUAUAACCUAUUUUCUGCCGUUCUCGACUGCCCUGUGGUGUCAAUGCUCCAGUGGUGCUUAGUGUGCUCACACACUCAACAUUUUACAUGGAAGUAAAGUCUUAAUAUCAAAAUCAGUAAUAUCAAUAUCAGUAAUAUCACUUGAAUAGAACAUAUGAUAUUUGACCUGGGUGGUGACCCCUAGCAGAGCUUCACCUCAGCCAUUUCUCCUCCCGUCUGCUUUAUCACCAGUGAUUGAAAAUCUGGACCUAUUUAAAUAUAAGUAAGUGUGAAAAAAGUAACAUUUCAGUAACUGAGGUAUGCCUUGUAUUGUAUGAUCUAUAUUUGCCUAUUGCUCAGCAUCUGAGUUUUGGUAUGUUAUUGAUUAGGGUUGUUUAAAUGCAUCUCUGUUACAGAUGGUUUGUGAACAUGCAAAUACAAUGAGAGAGACGGUUGCUCUGGUUUGAAUGAUGAGUGACAAUAGUGCGUUUGUGAAUCUACUCCUCCCUGUUUUUCUCUCUGUUAAAUAGAAGUUCGCACAAGUUUGAAUACUUGUUUAACUAAUUUUUGCCUUUUUAAUAUGGAAAAUCCAAAACAAAAGACAAUCCGAGACAAAUUUCUCAAUUUACCCUGAUGGUUCAAAGGCAAAAAUUGCUUAUAACAGAGGUCUAUCUGCUCUUCUUUGAGAAACUGGGCUUUUAGACUCAAUCAAGUUCAAGGACCUGUUCAGUCUAAGUUACUUCAAUCGAUCUUUUCACAUCUUUGCAUAUUGUUAUAACAAAAAAUGUCCUCUUGCUCAGACUAUAUUUUAUAAGUGACUUCUUCCUUUCAUCUUCUAACAGAAAAAUGGUUCAACAAGUAGCCAACUUGGUGUAAUGUAUGGAUGUGCAAAGCAAGUUGUUCACAAUCCAUUGGUUUGAAAAAGAGAAAAUAGUUUUGCCCAUCCUGAGGAAAUCCGGAUGCCAAAUAUUUUGUCUUCUGUUUGUUCUACUGCACCUUUGUAUUUUCUCAGCUCUCAAAUAAAACACAAUAAACAAGACGUUAUAGCCGUGA